UUCUUUUGAUUUUUUGGAAUCCUUUUAAGAACUAGUUCAGUUCGAAGAAAGUUGACAAGCUAAAGAUUGCUGCCAGUGUUGCCGUUUGAAAAUAUUUUCGGGAACUAAAUCAAUUGACAGUUGACUUUUGCACACGCAAAAUGAAAAGGUGAAAAGGCUACUUAAAGCAGAUCUGGGCGAACAAAAACAGAUGGGUUUCAGCUGCACUGAGGCACAAAAUGCCCUAUGAUUUUAACACAAAAUCAAAUAAGAAUACGGAUUUUACGGCAAUUCCAGCAACAACAACAUCAUCAUCAUUAGAAGCACCAGCUAGUACACCGAGCGCCACCCUAUCAAGCGAGAAUUUUACAGAAUUGAGUUCAACGCCGCCAUAUUUAGCAAAAAUCGGUUUAGGAACGGUUUGGAAGAUGUCCGAACGUCAACGCCUUACUCAGCCUAAUAUUGGGGAUGACAUUGAGGAGAGUUUUGAUGACGAACUAUUUGUGAAGAUACCAGAUUUUAACUCCAAGCAAAUGACACCACCGUUAAUGGAAUAUGGAUAUGAGUUCGACGGCAUCAGUGAUGGAGAAAAGAGUGAUGAUAGUUUCCCUUCUGUGCCUUAUAACGCUGAAGGACAUCGUUUAUACAAGUUUUUGCAAUAUCUAACAGCGCACCGCUGGUUGUGGUGUGAAUUUUUUGAAUCACUAGUGGAUAAGCCUAUCCUUGCCGAUGCCUAUGAUGUAAAUCGUUUCAUGUGUGACUUUUACCCCCAGAUAGUCACGCGACAAUUACCACGUCACGUCUGGCAACUGCUACGACGUAUCAUGGGUAAGGCGAGACGUUUCUCUUCAGCAUUUGUUGAUCAGGAACGUUUAGAGCUAGAGCGUGGUCGGCGUACUAUACGUGAAUUACAGCUGGGGACUUUCAACAAGCAUAUUGAUUACGACUACUUAGACCAGAUACCCCGGCGCAUUCCCCUGCCCUUGUCCAUGGGGUGUAAGGUAACGUCUUUAUUAAAUAAGAAGAUCCCGCCUGGUCAACGUCAAAUAGUGACAUCCCGAUAUGGCCUCAGAGAUGGUGUGCUUGUGGAGCAUAGACCCCAUGAAAACAGCUACUUAGUAGAAUUUUGUUUUGAAGGCAAGUCGAAGGUCCACAAUAUACCAGAUUAUGCUAUAUGUCCAAUACUGGAACCCAAGAGCUUGGAUUUGUCAACAAUAAUAAUGGAAAUUGAUACUGAACAGAACAGAAUAGUGACUGACCAGCCAUUCAAGAACUACUGUCAAAACUUUCAAAACAGUCCUUAUAGCAAGUCCUUGCUAGAGUCCAUACUUCAGAUUAAGAGUAUAUUGAAAAUGAAAAAAAAGACUGUUCAAGAUAUAGCCAAUAUAAAUGAGGAAUUCGAACUUAGUAUUUUAGGAAACUCGACACGUUCCCUUAGCACAUUUGGUUCUAGCUACCGCCGAGAUACCAAGUCCACUGGCCAACGAGAUGAAAUCCAACGACGAUAUGCAACCCAUAUGACCGCCUUGCAUCGUAUCAAUGCAGAGAUCUUAGAGCCCCUACAAAUAGUCAAAUCGUUUCUUUAUUGCUACAACAAGUCCCUGCAAGUCCAGUAUCUACACUGUCUUCCGCAGAGCCAACUUUACCAACAGGCUCGCACAUUUGCUGAAUUGGAUAUGAAGAUGGCCGAACAGAACAGUGCCGUGCCCCUAGGCAUUCAGGGUACUAGAGAACUGCUUUUGAAUUUACAAACCAUUUUCUAUCUGUGCGGCCAGUUGGGUAACUAUUACAAUCAAGUUAAUAUCGAGGCAGUGCUAAACGACGUGGUGACUUACGUCUUAUCAACUCUGCCGACCGUUUUAAGUGUUCCAUUUAAGAAGGUAAUCAAUUCGGUAGAAUCUCUCUGUAGUCGUUUGGCGGCCAAACAGCAAUCUGAUGAGAUAAUGGAAGACGAUCUAAUGGAUUCUUUUGAACUGGCCAUUAAUAACCGAGAGGCAGAGCCACUAGACGAACUGGAGCAAAUUGAGCAGCUAUACCAACUGCAUCUUCUACAACUGGAAGAAAAUAAGUAGGCAGCCACAUUGUAAAGCCAAAAAUUAUGGGACACCAAACAAAUUAUUGGCUAUUGCGCACUGAAAUAAAUCAUGUGAUUACAACCUCAAUAAAACGUACCCAAUGAAGUCGAUAAAAUUUGAACAAUGA